CGGAGGCAGGGGAGUUGCAGGCAGGAUCCAGAUGAGAUUUGCUGGGCUACGAGCACUGCAGCAGCAGCGGAGAGAAAGCUGAGAGAGGACACGGAGAUCGUUCUGGGGGGGAACUUCAAAUGGAAGAGCGUCUUAAUGGCAGUGAAAACGCAGAGGGAGGAGGAGAGAAUUCUGUUCAGCAGCAACAGCAGCUGAUGGAGCCUCUUAAUUGUAAUGGACACCUGGACAGAGGAGAUGAACAGGGUUAUUCAUGUAACUGCAAGUUCAUGAAACGUGCUUUUGUAGCUGGAAUCAUCUUAGUUUUGAUCAUUAUCAUCAUUGUUCUGGCUGUUAACCCACCUUUGGCUCGUUCUGAUCCUCCGGCCGCUGCCCGCUGCUGCCCGGACGGCUGGGUCGGGUACGGAAGGAAAUGCUACUACUUCUCCGAGGCUGAAGGGGACUGGAACAACAGCCAGAGCAACUGCUCCUCCUUCAGUGCCUCCCUGGCUGAGAUCGACACCCCUCAGGAAAUGGCUUUCAUUAAGCGCCAUAAAGACCUCUCUGAGCACUGGAUCGGCCUCCGGAGGGAACCGGGCCAGGUCUGGAAAUGGACCAACGGCACCGAAUUCAAUCACUGGUUCAAAGUCAGAGCACAGGGUGAGUGCGCGUAUCUGAACGAUGAAGCCGUUACCUCUUCUUGGUGCGACACGGUGCGAUACUGGAUCUGCAGCAAGCCUGCCGGACUUACGCUGAGAGAGGAGAAUGGAGCGCAGGGGCAAGCGGAGAUGUCAGAGCUCAGCUGA